AUUCACACAUAUUUUGCGUGCUCAGUUAGUCACUCGUGGAUAACUGUACGAUGCAGACUUGUUUCUGAGAUAUUUUUAGUGCGAAUUUUUACGUUUAUAAACCUCAGCGUUUCUUCAAAUGUGGUUGAUAAAACAUGCGCAUCAUUUUAUUCAAUUAAGAACACGAAUUCAUAUCAAAGUCAACACUUUACGCGUACAAAAUUUAUUCAUAUAUCGACCAACUGAUAUGAAUACUGUUGAUGAUCCAUAUUUGAGACACCUGUUCGAUGGUGACCCGGUAUUCAAUGUCUAUCACCAGGAAGCUACGAACUUGUCCGUAGGGGCACCUGGCCCUGACCUUUUAAAACACUGUGUAGAAAUGUUGAACAAAUCUACACGACAUAGAUUGGAAGAAGAAGAAAAGGAAGGAAAAUACUAUCUUUUUCAAUAUGGUAUAACAGCAGGUCUUUGGGAAUGUCGCGAUGAGUUAGCUAAAUUCUUAAGCAGACGAUAUGGUAAUUCUGUCAUGAGAGAACAGCUGAUAUUGACAUGUGGAGCGUCACAUGGUCUUCAAAUGUUGUUGAACACUAUACUAUCACCGAACGGUGUUAUCUUUGUGGAGGAAGUUACAUACAUGAUUGCUCUCGAUGCUUUUAAGCAAUUUCCCUUAAUAAGAAUAGUUACAGUGCCAAUGAAAAAUGACGUAGUAGAUCUAAAUGCAUUUGAAAAGAUAGUAGCUGAGGAGAAGAAGAAAGGCAACUAUUUUUUGAAUGAUCAGAAAAUAUUCUGGGCGAUGUUUUAUACGAUACCAAUUUUUCACAAUCCAACUGGAAUGACAUUGACGCCUGAUCAGUGCAAGCGUUUAGUGGAAAUCGCACGAAAUAAUUCCAUAGUGGUAGCCUGCGAUGAUGUGUAUAAUUUGCUUUAUUAUGGAGAAGGACUUCCGCCAUAUCGCUUAUUUUCUUAUGACGAUCCAAAAGAUGCAAACUACAAAGGAGGGAAUAUUGUGUCAAACUGUUCGUUUUCUAAAAUCCUUUCGCCUGCAAUCCGUUUCGGAUGGAUCGAAUGCAGUCCACGUGUUGUUAACAUUGUAAAAACAUCAGGUACAUUGUGCAGCGGUGGAGCAGUUAAUCAUUACAUUUCCGGAUUAAUAGCAAGUAUGCUUCAAGAGAACAUUCAGGAAAAGUAUCUUGAUAAAAUCAUAAAGAUCUAUAGGGAACGACUAGAUGCGCUUUGUGCAACUUUGGAUCGAUUUUUGCCCAGUUGUUGUUCAUAUCAACGACCAAAAGGUGGUUACUUCGUUUGGGUCCAUCUUCCUAAGGGUACGGAUGGUACUCAGUUCAUCAAAUGGUGUCAAAAGGAAUACAAAGUAUCAGCGAUACCAGGUACUCGAUUCUCAUAUACGGGUGAAGCAACGAAUUUCUUACGUAUAAGCAUAGGCUUUCACACAAAAGAAAUUUUAGAAACUGCAACACAAACUUUAUGUAUGGCACUUUUAACGUAUAUCAGGCGUCAAGGUGAAGAUGACAAAAAUAAUAUUGCAAAUAAGAAUAAUUUAAAACAAUAAGAGAGUAUAUCGAUUUUAAUCGAAUGACAAAAAAUACAUUUUAGUAUUAUCUAAAAAGAUAUAUGUUUAAGAUAUAUAAAUUGCACGAAAUACGUA